AUGGCGUUUGAUUUUGGAGAUGCCGUUUUCACGGUUGACGCUGCCCUCAACCCACGUUCAUCGGAGGCGGAAUGGCGCGCUGGCAUUAGUCAGCACGCGUCGGAGUCUGGCGGAAAGCACUUGAUCUUGGAGUUCAGCUGGGGCGCGCUGACUGCCAUCGAUUGCCAGCGUCUGACGAAGCUGGCGUGCGACGACGGCGCGAGGGGAGUUAUAUCGUGGAGGAUUGCAACUACUGGCACGAUGGGACAGAACAAGCAGAACUGUCACAGGGAGCUCAUCCGCAUCUGCGAGAAGCUCCUUGGAGGCCGCAAGUUCGAGAGUUCGAUCUGCAAGUUGCCCAUGGUUGUCACCAGGGGGGAAGACAUUGGCCCACAGCCAGUCAUGCACGGCUACAUCGACCCCCAUGAGUGGUUCAGUUUCUUGUGCCACAAGUUCCCUGAUACGUGGCAUCGAAGAUUCCUUGGCACGGGCAAGAGCGAGACCAGGCCUAUCGAAUGGGACGCAGAAUUCUUCAACACGAGAGCCAUUCCUAUUGGUCUGCAUGGGGAUGGGGCCCCAGUCAUUCGGAUACUUGGUUUGAUGUCUAUCGUUUGGUAUGGGUUGUUGGGCGCGGGAUCGACGGACGACGUCUUGAAUUUGAUUUCGUGCUACUUCGGCGAACUGGAAGUUGGCAAUUUUCACGACUACGAAGGUGAGAGCACUAAAGAUACUUUCUGGAAGCGCAUCAUCUGGAGCUUGAAGGCCUUACUGGGGGGCAAGUUUCCAUACCGCGACUGGGGGGGCAAGGUGAUCGUCGGGGACGACAGGGUCGGCAAGGAUUUGGCCGAUGGUUUCUUCUGGCAGGUCAUUGUGCCCAAGGGCGACAUGGAGUUCCUCGUCAACCACAUCGGUGUUCCUGGGCAUUGGAGUUCCAAUAGCCCGUGCUUGGCGCGUGAGGCAACAAAGAUCGGGACUGGCGCAAUGGCUUGGAACAACUGGGACCCUGAUGCUCCUUGGCGGGAUACGGUUUUCAUGUCGAAAGCUAAGUGGCGCGAGCACUGCAUCAAGGUGAAGAAGGACGUGCAUUUGUUAUUUCGAGAGGCUGAUGAUGGCGGCCUGGGCCUUCAUCCAUUCGUCAUGAUGCGCGGCGCGAUGCAUUGCGUCGAUCUCGGUGACGCAUUGCACGUUGCUGGAAACGUGUUGUUCCACAUGUGUUACAGCGACAUGAUCAAGGCGAACGACCCCGCGGGGGCUUGCGAUUGGCUUUGGAAGGAGAUUUCUAAAAUUUACAAGGCCGAGCGGACGCCCACUCGUUUUUCGUUCUUGGACCUCGCGUUCUUCACAGCCCCUGAUAGGCCGAUGGAGAAGGCGCCGCUACUCAAGGGGCACGCCGCGGAGACUAGGCACCUGAUCCCAAUUCUCGACAAGAUAUUCAAGGUGAAGCAUCGCCCCAAGAACCAGUACGAGCACCUCAUUAGCAAGCUCCUCAGCAGCCUGACAAUGAUCUACAAGUACCUCGACACCAAUGACGGCGGCGAGAAGCCGUUCUACCUUGACGAGACCAAGGUCGUGAAGCCGCUUCGCCAGAACAUCGACUUCUUCUUGCAGGCGUACCAGGAAUGUCAGAGGAUGGGCAAACUGUUGCAUGACAGGGCUGACUUUUGGCACGAGGUUCCUAAAUUUCAUGGUCUCUGGCACGUUGGCUUCGAAGCGCAGUUCAUGAACCCCGACGUGGCCAAGUGUUACAUCAACGAGGACUUCCAGCAGCGGAUGAAGGGGCUUGGGGCGUCUGUUCGGCACGGGUCGAUUGCCGCAAAGCGUUCUGCAAAGAUAUGUUCGAAGUGGGUGUACGGCGCGUUGUUCAGGAUCGUUUUCAGCUCCGAGGCCGUCCGCCAGUGA